AUGUCCACAGUUGUCAUAGUGCACAUCUGGGGGUGGUCUUGGGGGUCUUGGGGCGCCUGUUCUCACAAGUUUGAGCUGGAUGGUCGACCAACUCUGGUUGCUUGCAUGUCGACCAAACUGUGGGCAACAACACUGUUUUUCUCUUCUGCAGCCCACAUUGUGGAUGUGUACCAACAGUGGUGUGGGCCGUGCCGAGCUGUGACAAGCCUUCUCAGGAAGAUCAAGAAUGAACUCGGAGACGACCUCCUGCAUUUUGCCACAGCUGAAGCCGACAACAUAGAUGCUCUCGCGAGAUAUCGAGGGAAAUGUGAACCUACCUUCUUAUUUUAUGGGGGUGGGGAGCUGGUGGCAGUUCUGCGAGGAGCAAAUGCUCCUUUGCUUCAGAAGAUAAUAGUGGAAGAACUGGCCAAGGAGAAGGCAGUCCUUGAACAAGGUGGAGAACGGAGAGUGAUUAAAGAUGAAGGCCUUGAAGAGGACAUGGAGGAGCCUACAACACAACCAGAAGAUGAGGAAAACCGUAUUGUGCCUGCCAGUAAAUCCUGCACGGUUGCCAUCCUCAAACCAGAUGCUGUGGCUCAUGGCAAGGCAAAUGAGAUCAUUAUGAAGAUCCAAGACGCCGGCUUUGAGAUCCUAGUCCACGAGGAGCGCACUCUAACGGAGAUAGAGGCUCGAGAUUUCUAUCAACAUAAAGCACAAGAGGCCUGGUUUGAGGACUUAGUGCAGUUCAUGUCCAGUGGUCCCGCACAUAUGCUGCUCCUGUCUCAGUCCAACACCUCUGCGAACACUGUCAGAGCGUGGCUGGACUUUAUUGGCCCUGCAGAUAUCGAAGAGGCCAGGAGAGACAAGCCAGAAAGCUUACGGGCACAGUACGGUACGCAGACCCUGUACAACGCGGUGCACGGCAGCGGGGACAGUGACCAGGCCGGCAGGGAGCUCGCCUUCCUCUUCCCCCACUUCAGGACGGCCACAGCCAUGGGGCAGGAUGAGGAGGAAGGGCCUGUGGAGAGGACACUGGCUCUGAUCCAGCCUGACGUCGCUCGGGAGAGCAGAGAUGAUAUUCUCAGUAGAAUCCAUGAGGCAGGCUUCAGUGUGGUCCUUCAAAGAGAGGUGGUACUGACAGAGGAGCAGGUCAGACAGUUUUAUGCUCAGCGAGUAGAUGAAAGCUUCUUUCCAGCACUGCUCAAAACUAUGACAAGUGGGCCCACGCUCGCUCUGGUGCUGGCCAAAGUUGAGGCUGUUCAGCACUGGAACAACAUGCUUGGUCCUUCUGAUGUUGCUGAAGCCAAAGUUGAGAACUCAGAAUGUCUGAGGGCCCAGUUCUGUGUGGAGGACGAGCCCGUCUCCCUGCUCCACGGCAGCGGCAGCAGAGAGGAGGCCCAGCAGGAGAUCCACUUCUUCUUCCCCAGGCAGAACACUCUGGCUUUGAUCAAACCCAACUCUGCACAGGAGCAUAAAGCUGAGAUUUUGGAAGAAAUCAAGAGUAAAGGAUUUGCAAUUAAAAAUCAACAGGAGAAGUAUCUGUCAGAAGAAGUGGCUGAGGAGUUUUACAAAGAGCACAAGGACAAGCCAUUUUUCAGUCAGCUGGUCCAAUUCAUUUGUAGUGGACCCUGUCUACAGCUCGUGCUCUCUAAAGAGAAUGCUGUGGAGGACUGGAGGAUGAUGAUGGGCCCCACAGACCCGAACAGAGCAAAGGAGGUGUCCCCAGACUCUCUGAGGGCCCGUUUCGGCUCUGACAUCUUACACAAUGCGGUCCAUGGCUCCUCCAGUGUAGAGCAGUCGGACAGGGAGAUACGGCUUCUGUUUGGUGAUCUCAGUGCAGCAGUAACCAGCACUGAAGGAGAAGAGGAUGGAUUUGUCUUUGUUAAAGAUCAAAGUAACACUACAGAUGAGAACGCUGGGCUGUCAAGUUCUUCGGGACAAAUGAGUCAGUAUGACGGCCUCCCCGCUGAUCUGCUUCUCUACAGCACAGAGACAGAAACACAAGAAAGUGAUGACCCAGAACAAUAA